CACCAAAACAGGCAUAAAAGGCUGCUCGUGAGACCGGAGACACAGAGGAGGAACCAAUAAAGCAUCUUCGAGGAGCUUUGACAGUGAUCUGCCGCCAGCUUGAAAAAGACAAACUGACAGGGGACAAAAAAAGGGCAAGUGAAGAUGCUCAAAAAGAGGGCACAGGAGAAAGCGCUGAAGGGGACAGUUUAAAGGAGAACUGCGUAGAGAGGAAGAAGUCAGUGACAGAGUGUUGACAUUUGUCAUUUGUUGAAACCACUUGGAGAAAGUGAGUAAACAGACUGUUUUGGAGACAUUUUCUUUAUUUUGACCCCAAAACAACAAAGCCAGCAUGUCCCUGGAGGUGAAGGAGAAGACCCAGGUGCGUCUAGUGUUCCUGGGGGCGGCAGGAGUGGGAAAGACAGCCCUGAUCCAACGCUUCCUCCAAGACACGUUCGAGCCCAAGCACCGGCGCACCGUGGAGGAGAUGCACAGCAAGGAGUACGACAUCGGCGGGGUCAAGAUCAAGGUGGAGAUCCUGGACACCAGUGGCAGCUACUCAUUCCCUGCCAUGCGCAAGCUCUCCAUCCAAAACAGCGACGCCUUUGCACUGGUGUACGCCGUGGAUGACCCCGAGUCACUGGAGGCUGUCAAGAGCCUUCGAGAUGAGAUCCUGGAGAUCAAGGAGGACAAGCACACGCCCAUCGUGGUGGUGGGGAACAAGGCGGACCGGGGAAUGGAGCGCCGGGUGUCCAGCGAUGACGUGCUGUCCACCGUGGAGAUGGACUGGAACAACAGUUACCUGGAGGCUUCGGCGAAAGAGAACUCCAACGUGGUGGAAGUGUUCAAGGAGCUCCUGCAGCAGGCGAACCUCCCCAGCCGCCUCAGCCCUGCGCUGCGGAGACGCAGGGAGACCUUCCCCAAGGACACCAACUUCCGGCCGCCGAUGAACAAGACCAACAGUUGCAUUCUGUCAUAAUGGGAGGCAGAGAAGGAGACGUGGGUUGUUUCUUCAAGAGGGGAUG